UCUCUACCCUUUUCUCCCCUUUCCCUGGCCCUGCCAGACUCUCUUAUAUCCCUGGGCGCCAGCCUCCACCCACCCCUGGAGGGCGGGGCUUGGCUGCACCCACGUGUGGCAGAGUUAAAUGCUCCCACCGGCAGAAGAGCUGGGGAGUGUGGCGGUGAGCCUGCUUGGGCAGAGAAGCAGAACCAUGGCUGGCAAGAAAGUCUGCAUUGUAGGCUCUGGCAACUGGGGCUCUGCCAUCGCCAAGAUUGUGGGUGGCAAUACAGCCCAGCUGGCAAGCUUUGACCCACGGGUGACCAUGUGGGUGUUUGAGGAAGAUGUCGGAGGCAGAAAGCUGACAGAGAUCAUCAACACGCAGCAUGAGAAUGUCAAAUACCUGCCAGGGCACAAACUGCCCGCAAAUGUGGUGGCUGUCCCAGAUGUGGUCCAGGCUGCAAUGGAUGCUGACAUCCUGAUUUUUGUGGUGCCCCAUCAGUUCAUUGGCAAGAUCUGUGACCAGCUCAAGGGCCACCUGAAGAAAAACGCCAUUGGCAUAUCUCUUAUUAAGGGGGUAGACGAGGGCCCCAAUGGGCUGAAGCUCAUCUCCGAAGUGAUUGGGGAACGCCUUGGCAUCCCCAUGAGCGUGCUGAUGGGGGCCAACAUUGCCAGCGAGGUGGCUGAUGAGAAGUUCUGUGAAACAACCAUUGGCUGCAAGGACCCAGCCCAGGGACAACUUCUGAAAGAGCUGAUGCAGACACCCAAUUUCCGUAUCACAGUGGUGAAAGAGGUGGACACAGUCGAGAUCUGUGGGGCCUUAAAGAAUGUAGUGGCUGUAGGAGCUGGCUUCUGCGAUGGGCUGGGCUUUGGCGACAACACCAAGGCAGCAGUGAUCCGGCUGGGACUCAUGGAGAUGAUCGCCUUUGCCAAGCUCUUCUGCAGUGGCCCCGUGUCCUCUGCCACAUUCUUGGAGAGCUGCGGUGUUGCUGACCUCAUCACUACCUGUUAUGGAGGGCGGAACCGCAAGGUGGCCGAGGCCUUUGCCCGUACAGGAAAGUCCAUUGAGCAGCUGGAGAAAGAGAUGCUGAAUGGGCAGAAGCUGCAGGGGCCCCAGACAGCCCGGGAGCUACACAGCAUCCUCCAGCACAAGGGCCUGGUGGACAAGUUCCCUUUGUUCAUGGCUGUGUACAGGGUGUGCUAUGAGGGCCAGCCAGUGGGUGAAUUCAUCCGCUGCCUGCAGAAUCAUCCAGAACAUUUGUGAGUGGGGCCGGGGCCAGGGCCCAGGCCAGGCAGCUUCUUUACCCCAAUGGAGACCGGCAGAAGCUUGGGGCAUCGAGUCACCAGGAUCUCUGGGACUCUCCAUGGAGCAGAAUCUUCUCAGCUUCUCACUGGAGGACAGGAGGCGGUGGGCCCAGCUACGCACCUGGAGAUCCUGAACUGCCAAGCAGCCUGCAGUCUCCUGCCACCACAUCUUGCCAGAAAUGGAGUUGCCAUGUCCCUCUCCAGAUGUGGGGCUUUCUCCCUGUCCUCUGGGAGGGGUAGAAGCAAGCCUCUGUGCUGCCUGCUUCAGUUGUGUGUGUAUGGGGCAGGGUGGGGAAAGAGGGCAUCAGGGCAGGGGCUGCCAAUUGCUCCCUCACACAGACCAGGAGUCCUGUUAAAUGAGGUACCUUAGCCAAAGGAGGGAUGAGGCAAGGGCUGCCAGGGAGGGUUCUGGGCUUUUGAGCUGACAUAGGACCCAGGGACCCCUUGACUGACCUCUGCCAAGCCCCACACAGCUUAAAUGGAUCUCAGUGUUUGUUAACAAAAUACAAAGAUCUCAAACAACCCCCUUCUAGCUUCUCCUAGCAACAUCUGCGUCCUCAGAAACCUCUGGUCAUCCCCUUUGCCCCUCCCCCAGGCUGCCCUGGCACCAGAGUGGCUGCCAUGCUGGCAUCUCUGGCCCUGUGGCUUACCAUUCUCCCCAGGGACUUCCUGGUUCCUAGUUCUUUGCCAGCUCCUCCCACCCCGUGUGACCUUUCCUAGCCUUCCCUCACCCUCCCCGCCAGCACCCUCUUUGGGGAGCAGGAACUUAAUCUGCUGACAGAGCUAUUCCUUUUCACAGUAGGCUCAGAUCACUGGGCUCCCUGUGACCUUUGCAUUUGCCCUGCCUCUCUUCUCAGUAGCUCAGCUGGGCCCCUCCUGCUGCUGUCUCCCCAGAGGACAUCCCUGACUCUUACCCCUUUCCUCCUCCCAAAUCCUGUACCUUUUUCUCAGCUGCCCCAGACCAGCCAGCGAAGCUAAUCAGCACCUGGCGUCUGGAGGCCAGGGGGCCGGAGUGGUCCAAAAGCUGAGCAGAGGUGGGGAAGGGUGAGCAGGUUCCCAUGUUGGUGGGUCCUGAUAUUCCAAAGCCAGCUCUUCUUUGUUCAAUGAGGGCCUUCUCACAAGGUACUGACCACAUCAGCACCUCAGAAGUGGAGAAACUCAAGGAGGAGGAAGAAAAUAAAAACCAGCCUACUCUCUGGGGUGAGGGAAGAACAGCAAGGGGGAGGGUGAGGAGUGUGCUUUGCACUGGCCUUGCUCCAGGAUGGGGUGGCAGCAGGGGAAUGUCAUGGGUCAGCAGCCUAAGCCCUCAGCUAUAAAUAGUCCCCGAGGGCCUGAGAGGCUCCUGUGUCCAGGUCCAGCAGGGGUCUCAGCUUCCUGUGUGGCAGCACCUGGCAUACUGUGGCUCUGGCCAGCAUUAUGUUAACCCUCCCUUACUCCCGACAAGCCAGGGAGGCAGGCUCCUCUCUGCUCCUAGCCCUUGAGAAUUCACUGUCUUACAAGCGAAGGGCAGAGCUGCCCAGAUCGGGCAACAAAAGCGAAAGGUCCAGGUGGAGGCACUAAGUGAAUCCAGAGCUGCCUCCCCAGGAGGUUAAGGUGGGGGCACAGAGGCAGCUUCAAACAUUUUUGCCUACUUUUGUUCACUCCACAGUUAACUGUGAAUCUGAGGCCUUCCUGUCAGGCCUACUUAUCUACCCAAUAAAGCAUGGUUUUUCCAGAAA